AUGUUAGUAUUUCGACCAGGUCUCACCUACGAUUUAAAGCCUACCGCUUUCUCGUUUUCAGACUGCAGCGACAUGAUCUCCAGCAUCAAAGCCAUGAAGAUCUUGAAGCGAGUCGGAGGGCCAAAGGGCACGUGGAGCAAAGACACCAGCAGGGGCUCUGGGAAGAUCUACAUUUUUAACGGGACAGAUGAAGACACCAUUCAUGAGUUUACCUCUGUGCAAGACUUUGCCCGCUCACUGGGACUGUCUCUGUCCAAGGAUAUAAAACUGCCAUCUGCGUGGAGGGGAACAGGACACCUUGUCUUCAACAAUCACGUGUAUUACAUAAAUCAGGUUGAGGAGAUAAAGGUGGUUAAAUAUGACAUACAGAACAACUCUGUGAAAGACAGUGCAGUGUUCCCGGCACAGGACCAUGUCCCAGUGUACGGCUUGACCCCAGAGACAGUGAUGGACCUAGCUGUAGACGAGGAGGGCCUGUGGGCCAUUUAUGCCACGCGGCAGAACGAAAAGUACAUCUCUCUGGCAAAAAUGGACGCUAACUCGCUUGACAUUGAACAAAUGUGGGACACAAACUGUCCGAGAGAGAACGCAGAGGCGGCUUUUGUCAUCUGUGGCACUUUGUAUGUCGUGUACAACACCAAGCAGCCCGGUCGCUCACGUGUCCAGUGUGUGUUUGACGUCAAUGGUAUGGUGACCAAUGAAGAUGCAUCACUGGUUUACUUUCCAAAGCGUUACGGAGCCCACUCCAGUCUGAAGUACAACCCGCAGGAGCAGCUGCUC